AUGAGGAGGGGAGGGGACGCAUUGCCCCCAGUUUCCCUCAUAUAUUCGCCUGCAACGGGGGACCUGGUACUCGAACAAGCUCACGGCGGUGCCGAAACGAAUCCCGGGCGCUGUGGCAAAGCCUUUCACGUCCAUCCGUACGAGGACGAGGACGAGGACGAAAUUGAUGUGCACGACGAAGGUACAGGACCACGAGGCCAGUACAUGUGCUUCAAGGUUCGAAUCGGAGCGAAGCGAUACCGGAGAGUCGCGCUGCUAUCAUGGAAGCGGCCGCCUCGCAACAAAGCAUCGAGCCUCGUACCACCCCGAUCGAAGAAGGCGCGUGGGGUUGACAAACGGUGA